AUGGCGAGGUUGCUUUCUUCGCCGUGCACUUCGUUGCUCUUAUUAAUUAUUGCGAGUGUUUCAGUCAUCGAUGUUGCUGGAGAUGAAGACUGUCAAAAUCCACCCGUCGACGGUUUCUGCGAAUAUGUAUCACACAUUUAUAUGAGAAUGGAACUUAAAGACUACCCUGGUUGCGGAAUCGAGAGGGAUUUAGAUAAGUACAUGGUUGUGAUGGUCGAUCUGGACGCUCCAAAUCCUAAGAAUCCCACUGAUCGCUCUUGGCUGCAUUGGGUAAAAAAGACAACGGGUGCUGAUUUGGUAAAAGGAGUAACUAGUGAUGGCAAAAAUGACCUAGUGGAAUUUAUUCCACCAUACCCAUAUGGACCAGAACCCCACAGAUAUCAGGUUUAUAUUAUCCGUGAACCAUUCGACCAAAAUUUCCAGUUAAUUGACAAGGAAAGACCACGUUGGAAUGUGUCAAAAUUUGGGGAUGAUGAACUUAUGUGCGCUUAUUUAUUUGCCGGCUACGAGUUCUUAACUCGUAACCCGAAUAAAGACGAAGUCCCAACUAAGAAACCAGAUGCCCCCUCGACAAAACAAAUUGAAACAAUAUCAGAACCUCCUGAAACUCAGCCACACACUAAAUCAAAGAAUAAAGAACCAAGUGACGUUGCAACUUGUUCGGCUUCCUUGCUCAUCAUCUUCUCGUCUGCUUUCAACAUGCUGAUGAUUUUCAAAAUUUACUGA